AUUCUCUUGAACAUUGUAUAUACCUCUUUUUUUAGAAACCUUUUUCCAAGAAGUGCAUGAAUUCGUCGCUUGUAAAGAUGACUUUGUUUGCCAAAGUAUUAAUAUUAAUACCGUUUGUAAUUGCGUGUUUGCCAGAAAUCACCGAAUCGGCUGACCCAGAGGUUUCCAGAAACGGUGAGCUUGGAUCCAUUGCAAGUAAGGUUGUGACAAACUCGAGCAACGCUUCGACUGCUUGCCAUUUUCACAUUUUAGAAUCAUCACUUGAAAGUGUCUUAAAAUUAAUGCACAACAGCAAAACGAAUGCAAUAAAACUAAAUGUCUGGAUUGAAUUGUUCAAUGAUAAUAUGACUCUCAUGAAUAAAACUCUACUCCCAACAUACGUGCAAUGGGCAAACGAAAUAGGUCGUACAUUAUACUCGUUAAUAUUUGAAACAAGAGACCUACAAUCACUGAUUAGAUUUCUGCCAAACGUUACAUUGACUGCUGGGUUUCGUGAUGUAAACAUUGUUGUCUCUGAAGAAAACGGAAAGUGUUUGUUGGCGGUUCAUAAUAUAUUGGAUUAUGGCAUUUUUGAUCUCCUUCUGCGUCAGCUUUAUCAUGUCAGUGAUGAUGACACUGAUUAUCAGUUGUGUAUCACCCACAACCUCGCAUUAAUUUGUUGUGCGAUAGUUGGAGAUAAAAAUAUACCAAUCUGCUCUUACUAUUCGUCAAAUAUGGCAAAUUUCUCUCUCACCAUUACAGUUGCAACUGUAUUUUUUUUUCUUUUUCUAGCGUUCCCUUUAAUACUAGACUAUUUAAGUCGGUCUAAGAAAAAAAGUGAACAUUAUUACGUGAUCUCCGAUAGUCCCAUGGCAAUUUCAUCCAUCUUUCGUACGAUAUUUAUUGAAGGGCAAGGUCCAGUAAAGUCUUUUGGAAGGAAACUGUUAUUUUUAAUUUUUGUACUUGUGAUAUGUUUACCCGUACAGAAUGUUGAUCCAACUGAAAUUACAGCGAUAUGCUGGUAUAUCAGCCUAGGUGUAUGGACAUUCAAUUUCAUGUUUAUGACUUCCGAUACAUACAGCUUUAACUAUGGUAAUUCAUUUCAACAACAUGAUUUCUCUCUGGAUAGCUCAUUGUUUUUCUUUAGAAAUUCAUUCGAGAUUAUUGCUUUGCCAUUUAAUUUUAAAUUAUGGUGGCGGAAAGUCAGUGAGGAAUGGCCAUGUUUCUAUGAUAACUUGAAGUUAAACUUAAAUAGAGAGUCAACUGAAAUGACAGAGCGUACUGGAUUAUUAGAGCAACAGGUACAACAGUAUGGAAACGAGUCUCAAGAUGGUGUUGAAUAUUCUCGACAACAUCACUCGGAAACAUGCAAAUGUUUUGAAAUAUGCAAAUACCGUAUGUCUAUUUUUGUUUUAAUCCUUUUAUAUCUUGGGAUUGCUUUCCCGUUUUCAUGUGUUUUUGCGUUAUUCUCAUUAUCCCUCUAUUUUUGGAAAUUUCAAAAACGCGACCAACAAAAUAAAUCAAAAAGGUCUUUUAUAUCAACUGCGAUAAGUUUUGUUUUGUGGCAUCUCUCUACUAUUGGGAUACUCAUGUAUUCUUCCAUGAUCUUCUUUCUUUGUACUUUUUUAUUUACCAUUGGUCUGUUUCUAAACGGAGAAACUUACAUUAAUUAUUUUUUGCCUCUUUCCACUAUCUUGUUUUAUUCGUGGACUAAUUGGAAGUCUUCUGUCGAGACAAAAUAUUUGGCACUAAAUGGAAACAUUUACGAAGUUUGCAAAGAAAGUAUACCUGUUCAACCUACUGCACUCCCUAAAUCUGGAGAGGAAAGUGAUGAAAGCGUUAACGAUGCUGAAACUAGCAACAAUCGCCCAAUUCAAGCAUCCAAAAAGUUUGUUAUAAAGUUAAACGAUGAUGGAGAACCAAUUAUUCCAAAAAUGCUGUAUAAUAUAAUCAGGGAAAAGUUCCUGCCGUACGAUCGAGUUCUGUUCUACUAUUAUAUGGGAAUAUUCUUUGUUGCAGUCUUCGCCUACUUUUUAUACACAAUGAUGUCAUUGUCCGAGAGAUCCGGUAUCACAAGCAGUGUUCAAAUAAUCGGUUCUAUGGCUGCCACUACAUUACCGAUUAUUUUCGACCUCGUUUGGAAAAAGAAUAGCGCCGAGGAAAAAGCGAUGAACACCAUUGCCUUGAAGUCGAAACUGAAACGUGUUUUGAAGGUUCACAGUUCAAACGAAACUAGUGGGGAAAUUGAAGUGGAGGCAAUUGGAUGCUUGAAUGGUCCUCUAGAAAGAAAUAACAUUAACUAAUUUUUAGUCUUAAAAUGCUUAAUUAACAGUACAUAAUUUGUGGUGGCGCAAGGAAUUUGGCCAGACGUCAGGGGCUAAAGUCCCCGACAGGGGGCUAAGAUUGUACGGGCAAAAAACCUUUCUCGUGAGGGGGGGAGGCACCCUUCCCCGAAGAUGUUUUUGGAUUUUGAGUCUGUGAAACGGUAUUUUUGAUCCACCAUUUUGAGGAUACCAUGCGCUAGAAUACAAUUGUUUUCAGCAGUCUGUUUAACAAUCUCUUCCCCGACAAAAUACUAUUUUUUCCUUGACAGGGGGGCUACCUUCCCCGAUAAGGGGCUGUACCCCCUCCCAUAGAGAUUAUAAAUAACACAAGAGGAGGCAUGGAGGAUAAAAUUUGGGAACGCAGCUAAUGGGGGGGCAAAUUUAGGUCCCGGAUAUAAAAUCAUGCUCUCAUUGGUUAAAUUGAAACUCUUCGCCAAUGGGAACAUGAGUACACAUCCGGGACUUGAAUUCCCCCCCCCCCCCAAUAGCCGUAUUCGGGGUUUUCCUGAUGUCAAGAUUGCGACGCCUCUAGUGUUAUUUAUAAUCUCUGUGCUCCUCCCCCCUCUGGCGUCACCCUUGAUAUAAUUGUUUUUGAUACUAAGAAUAAAUUCAAUUUAUAAAAUUAUAUAUAAAUAUAUAAAUGAUUAUUUAGAAUUUAGUACAUACAAGUGAUAUGUGUUUGUUUUGAAAUAGAAUAUAGUGUUUGUUUUGAAAUAGAAUAACUGCGUAAGAGUUUAAAAGUAAAUUGCAUGUUUUAAUGAUUCAGUAGACUUUAGGGUUUGGCAUGAUUGUAUUGCUAAUUGAACAUAUCUUGAAAAUUGAUAAACAUGAAAACAACAUAAUUUUUGUGGAAUUGAUUAACAUUAAUAAAAGUACAUAUUGUUUGUUUCUUUUUUUGUCUCAGAGUUUUCUAAUUUGUGCUCGAAGC